CUAUGAUUCAAUUAGUUAAAUUUAUUUGAAUAUAUUGUUGUAUUGUAAUUUUGAGCCCUGAGCAGGUAUUGGGCUUUGUGGAGUAAUGUUGCUUACCUACCUAUCUAUGAACGUCGAUGGUAUCGUGAGGGCUGGCAAUGAAAAUAUUCCCCCACACCAGUUUGAAAAUUACAGCGUCGAAGUUUCUAUGAAAAGCCAAUUUGUUUACAGUUGGGAUUCUGUUAACUUAUAAGUUACCUUCACUUCUAUAUCAUACUGGUUACAUGGAUCCAAUAACAGCUUUCAGUCUUGCCGCGAAUAUAUACACGUUUUUAGUUGCUGGCUACAAAGCGGUGCAGCAAUUCAGCAAGCUACGGCGCAGUGGACUCGGCAGAACCGACGAGAACACCCAAACUUACGAAAUAAUAGAUGAGCUCAAACGCUUUUCUAGCACACUCAUAACUGAUAGCCCUGGGCCACUGAAGAACCUCGCGGGAAAAUGUAGCGUACUAUGUGAAGAGCUGCUAAGUUUAUUAGCCAAGCUUACCGUGAAAGACCCCAGCUCAAAAGUUGAGGCACUUAGGGUCGUUUUCGUCUCGUCUUUGAAAGCUUCCGAAAUCUCUUCAAAACAGGCUACGUUAGACUCAUAUCGUAUUCAGUUGAUGGCAAGCUUUCUUCCAAUGUUGAGCGAAAAACAGUCAAGUUUGAAUACAAAGUUGGAUGAGAUCGAAAAGCAUAUCAGAAAUCUUUCCGAAUCGCGUUCAAGCGAUUUUGCUCAACUUCGUUCCGAUCUAUUGAGCGCCAUAGAGUCUCAUGGCAGUAGCAAGCUUCUAAGUGACUCACUCGGGCCUCUACUUUCUCGAUUCCAAAAUACUCUCAUUUCUGCCCGGUCAGAAACCUCAAUUUUAAUGCAACUUCGCUUCGAAGGCAUUUUUGAUAGAGAAGAUGAGAUUAAAAAUGCGACCGACGGUACUUUCUCAUGGCCUUCUCAGGAGAAAGAUAUCAGCAGUGAUCGUCUCGACUACAACCUUCAAUCGAGUAAACCUACGCAUAAACAGCUGAAGGAAACAGGCCAAUUCAAAUCGUGGCUUAGAUCUGGCCAUGGAAUAUUUCAUAUUUCUGGCAAGCCUGGUUCCGGGAAAUCAACUUUAAUGAAGAAGAUCUGGUUGGAGCCACAGACUAGAAAAUGCCUCGAGCAGUGGGCAGGGGGGCGGGAUCUGUGUUACGCUGCGUUCUUCUUCUGGAUCUCUGGUAAUCAAAACCAGAGAUCUCUUACAGGGCUAUAUCGUUCGAUACUGUUUUCUGUUUUGAAUAUACGCCCGAGUCUGAUUCCAGAGGUACUUCCAAGCUAUUGGGAAGAAGGCGGUCCGGUGCUAUCGACUGACCUUGCUAACCUUACUCGCCCCCAUAUCAUCGAGGCAGCUUUCCGAAAACUAAUAGACAAGGCUACCGGUGGCGACUAUUGCUUAUGCCUUUUCAUCGACGGUUUGGACGAAUACGAUGCCGAUAGUGAGGACCAUUGGCACCUUGCAAAGCAGCUUCGCAACUGGGCCGCUUCAAGCAAUGGAAAUAUUAAAAUGUGUGUCAGCUCACGACCGCAUAUUCAAUUUCAGAAUACUUUCGACCCAUCUAAGUACUCGGAUCAAUACCAAGUACAUCUACAGGAUCUUAAUAAGUGCGAUAUUGAAAAAUAUUGCCAAACUAUGUUCACUAAGGACGAAGAAUUCCUUAGUCUCCACCAUCUGCGAGAAUCCUGCGAAUAUCUUGUACGCGAAAUUGUUCACCGCGCGGAGGGAGUCUUCCUCUGGGCAGUUCUUGUGGUUCGCAUCAUUCUAUCGGAGGCCAGAAGAAAUGGAACAGGAGUAGACCUGAGAAGAAAAUUAGACGAGCUUCCAAAGGAUAUGAACGCGUUAUAUGAUCAGAUUCUUGGCUCGCUUUCAUAUACAGACCGAAGAAUUACAAAUCGGAUACUCUUCGCCGUACUCACGAAUCCAUUCGAAGACGACGUGAAUGCGUUAUCCUUGAAGUGGCUAGCCGACGAAGAUGAAUGGCGAAAGACCAGUCUCCAUGAGAAUUACACCAUGGAUGUUGUGGAGACCCAUAUUGCUUACGUGAAGAAUCAUUUGGACGGAUGGACUCGGGGUCUGAUCGAAGCCUAUUCACAACAUCGUCCCUCCCACAUAUCAAAGAAGUUACCACCAUUGGAACGACGGCGGAUUAUGCGAUACCUGAGGCCAAUGCCUUAUUUAACGUCAACUAGAGUCAAAUUAUUUCAUAAAACACUCAGAGAAUACCUGUUACAACCGGAGCGGUUCAGUGAGCUUCAAUUGAGCUGCCAUCAACUUCAGUUGGCGGAUUUGCAUGCACAUCUACGACUGAAAGAGCUGAAGGUUCUUCGAAACAUAGAACAUAAACAUGUCUCCAAUCCCAAAUACUUUGUCCUGUACGGCUACGAAAUAUGGUCCAUGAACCAAAGGGAAAAUCAGGACUCUCCCCGGGUUUCUUGGCAUCUACUCGAGGAGCUUGGGAGCAUGCUCCCGACCUCUUUCGCAUGGUGGUCCUUUUCGAGAAAAGAAAAAUUAAUUGUAUCUGACGGAAUCAAAGAUAUCAUGCCGGCAGACCAAAUGUCCCUGUUACAUUUUGCGGUAUCGCAGGGAGUUAGCAGCCACGAUGUGAUUACAAGACUCGCAAGCAUCCAAACCAACUCUCCUAUGAGUGAAGGGUUGAACGAUAAGAGUGUCCUUUUAUCUGCGAGUCUGUCUUGGGUAUUCAUGCCCCAUAAUGCCCCAAAUGAGAACUUUAUAAUGUCUCUUCUAAAACAAGGCUUUUCUGCUCAUGAACAAAUAAGGAGCAGUCAUGAUAGAAUGUCAAACGUUCGCGAACAAAAUAGGUGCGAUUAUGCUAGUGUGUGGAUGAUCCUAGUAUCCAGUCUCGCCGGGUUUUUUGAAAUGUUGCUAGACAAUUUCUCUCAAGAUAUUUUCCGCAGACGCCGAAAUCUAGCACAUCUAGUUAAGGUUUUAGGCAUCAUACUACAUAACGAGCCCCAAGAAGAAGUCUUGAUCUUGGGAUGGGAUUGGUCCGGUCAGGGUUACUUCAUAACAUUGGAGGACCUCAUUCGUGCUUGUCCUUUACACACAACACCGUCGAUCUUCGACGAUCUACGAGACUGGCCAAAAUAUGAGACUGGAAAUGGAUUAUCUAAACACGCGCCAACUUGGGUAUGGGAUAUCACCCGACGUAGGAGCAGGAGGGUACCUGCGGUCUCCGAUAUCCUGAUAAAGUUAAACCCAUAUAGCUUCAAAAGCACGUUGGCUUGUGAAAUGUUUGCGGUGGUGACGAGGACAGGAGUCCUCGAAAAACAUGAAUUUGGAUCUCCAGCGUUUUUGUUAUGGUAAAUACUACCUACGUAAAAAGAAUUCAUUUCUGAAUUCUCCCGCGAAAAGUAUGAUUAUCAAAGGAUGCGGUUAGGGUUGGCGAUGGAAGUGUCUUCGUCAUUAUUAUUAGUAAGAUUAGUGUAAGUAAAAGUCAACAAAUUGGAACCGAACAAGUUUAAACAUAUCAAUUAAGAAUUGAAGAGUGUUUGAUUACGUCACCGUCGCUAUAUCUAACUGACACCGCUGAUCGAACGGUCAUGGCCCGGUGGGCAGCGUGAUAUCAUAGGAGCGAUUGGCAGAAAAAUAUCCUUUCCCCCUCCCGUAUCGCUAGAUCACGCUAGAUUUAAAUCUGACCUCCAACGGACUAGGCGCUGAUAGCCGGUCUCGC